GGGCACAGCAGCUGCCGAGCGGAGCGGCCCCCGCAGCCCAGAACAGCCCGGCCCCGCAGCCAAAAACCACCGCAGCGCUCACCACCCUCACCGCAGCCGGCCCUGCAGCAGCGCCGCCGCCUCCGGAACUGACAUCUAAAUCUGCUGCUGCUGCAAAAAAAACCCCAAAACCACAAAAAAUGGAAACCAUGCAUGAGCUGAUCCCCUUCGCCAAAGAAAUGCUCAGCCAGAAGCCCAACAGGAAGAUGGUCAAGCUGUACAUGCUGGGCAGCGUGCUGGCCUUCUUUGGGGUGGUCAUCGGGCUGGUGGAGACCGUCUGCAGCCCCUUCAGCUCCCAGGGCAGGCUAGAGGACGAGGAGGAGGAGAAGAAGAAGAAACCUGCCCCGACACGAGAGCAAAGGCUCCCCCAGAAACAGGAGGAUUUGAUCCUGGAAAAGAGCACGAAGCCGGGGGCGGUGCAGAGGGCCCUGGUGACCAGACAGCACGCGUCGUAGAGCCCCGCCGAGGAGCUGCCUGCUGAGCAACCGAGCACAGAGACUCUGCUGCCCCGUCCUCCCUGGUGGUGGUUCCAGCACGAAGAGAGAAGGCUUGGCCGAAGGAGACUCGAGGAGAAGAGAAGGGUUUUAUUUGCUGCUGUGCAGCAGUGGGAAAAAAUACCUUUUGUUGGUAUAAACCUGUGCCAAGAUGCACAGCAUGGUUUCUUAUUUUUAUUACGGAUGCGUUUUACACCAUUUUGCAAGAUCAAUAAAUAUUUUAUAUGGCA